CGUGAGAUCACAGUGCCAUAUGGAUUCAAGAAAGAAUAUCUCAGGCACAAAGUUAGCUAUAUGCAUUAUAUGGAAUUUGUGUUCAAGUAUCGCUAUAGUUUUCUCAAAUAAAUGGAUAUACACGAACUACAGAUUUCCUAAUGUCACAUUGACUUGUAUUCAUUUCAUUAUGACAUAUCUUGGACUAAAGGCAUGUGCAUUUCUCAAUAUUUUCACUCCAAAGAAGAUACCAUUGCGCGAAAUGAUCCCGCUAUGUCUGAGCUUUUGUGGUUUUGUAGUUUUCACAAAUUUAAGCUUACAAAAUAAUACUGUGGGCACGUAUCAAGUGGCAAAGGUCAUGACUACACCAGGAAUAUUAUUUAUUCACACCGUAUUUUUUGGCCGAAAAUAUUCCACGAAAAUUAUGUUGACCAUCUUUCCAAUAAUCAUUGGUGUGUUUCUCAACUCUUGGUAUGAUGUAAAGUUUAAUGUUGUUGGAACAGUUUAUGCAUUAUUAGGGGUUUUGAUUACUGCUCUCUACCAAGUUUUAGUUGGCACUAAACAACAAGAGCAUCAGUUAUCAUCAAUGCAACUUCUUUUUUAUCAGGCACCACUCUCUGCUCUAGUUCUGGCAUUUAUAUUUCCUUUACAUGAACCACCAUUUCAAACAGGAGGGCUACUAACCUAUUGGCCACCACAAGCAAUUGGCUUUGUGAUCUUAUCUGGCAUUUUAGCAUUUUCUGUCAAUUUAUCAAUUUAUUGGAUUAUAGGAAAUACAUCACCUGUAACAUAUAAUAUGGUGGGUCAUUUGAAGUUCUGCAUCACUCUUAUUGGAGGUGUUCUAAUAUUUAAUGACCCAGUAUCGUCAAAUCAAAUGAUAGGUGUUCUAUUAACAUUACUUGGUAUCAUAUGCUAUACACAUUUUAAAGUACAGGAACAAACAAAACGAAAAGAAAAACUAGGGAAACCAGUUUGACAGGCUUUUACAGUUAAUAUGUGUACU